GAAUUUCCUUUUCAUCCUAUUCAACCCGGAUAACAGUGAAAGUUUGCCGUUUUAAUGAUGAAACGCAUGAAAACAUAUUGAUUUACUCUGCAAAUUCUCAUUUCUUUUACAAACUUUGUCGCAAGCAGUAGCUGAUUAUUUUUAACUGCUGGGUGCAUGAUGAAGUUGAAAGGUUUAUUCUCUUUCCUGCUUUUAUUAGGAAUUAGUAGCAUGGUGUCGAGUAUGUUAGUGCUCGAUACAGAUGAUUUGGGAUGGAGCGAGUGGGGAGAGUGCUCGCGAAGGUGUGGCGGUGGUAGUCAGUCUCGCAAUGUCAUCUGUGAUGAGGGAAUCGAACCACAACUGUGUUCUUACCUCAAGAGGUCCAUUCCCAGAAGGCAACUGAGGCAGGAGCGAGAGUGUAACACGCACCCAUGCGAAGUGAGAGGAACGUGGAGUGCGUGGAGUGAAUGGCAUACCUGCUCUGCGACCUGUGGGUCAUCAGCUUUUAAGAUGAGAACAAGGUCCUGUAACGAUGACAACGAUACCCCACUAGGUUCAUGGAACUGUAAUGGCUUGACCUACGAGUGGCGUCAGUGCGAGGGUUUGCCAAUGUGUCCUAGCAACGAUCAAAGUAAUGAUCUGACGUCACACGAAUAUGAACUCCACUCAUUCAGUUCUUUCCAGAGCUACAACAAGAUCUCUCAGGUGGAAGAACUGCCAGUGCCGUCCUGGUCUGAAAGUAGCUAUGACGUUUAAUACGUUAUCCAUUGUUUGAUUCUCCAGGGACGGCUGUCCCAUUAAUUGGUAUUAUUAAUGUCAUAAGUGCCAACAAUAUUAUGUUUUCCUCAAGAAAAAGAUAUACAACCUAAAUUUCAUAUCAAGUUUAAUACUAAUUUUUAUAUAUUUAUACCUGGAUCCACUGCUGGUUAUCUCAAAUGGACCAACUACGCAACAUUUUCAUGUGUGCAUUGGGUGGAAGGGGAUGACUUGUAUACUAAUGUUAAAAUGCUUUGAUAUGUACUGCUAUCCAUUUUUGUUUUAAAUGUAGUGAUUAACUAUCCAAUGAUUACAUCUAAAAAAUAAGUUAAGGGUCAUGACUAUUUGUACUAUAACUGCUAAUGAUGAGAAAAUGUAAGAAAUUUCUUCCCUAGACAAUAUUGUUCUAAUCUUAAGUCAAACUAACUUACACAUAGUAUGUGUGUUUGUAUGACCACUCUAUCACCUUUACUUUUGUUUAGUCACCCACGUGUUAUACAUGGGUGACUAAACAAAAGCAAAGUGAAAGAUAAGUUAAUAAAUGCCCUCUCCCCCUCUCUCUUCCCUCCCCCCCUCUCUCUCUCCCUCUCCCUUUCUCUCUCAGUAAGAGGUUGGGAAAGUGUAGUUUAUAAAGUAAAUGAAAGAAAUAUAAAGUAAUAGUAUAUUUAAAUAUUUUUUUAAUCAUUAUUUCCAUGUGUCAACAUGCACUGCACUAUGAAUAUCCUUAUGUACCCAGUGCAAUUCAAUCGAUCAUAAUAAUUGCAUAGAGGUACUAAAAUAACAGAUCUGUAUCAAGAGUGAAUGUCUUCCUCAAAGUAGAAUAGUUUGCCCACAUGUGUUUACAUUAAAAUCAUCAAUAAUAUUUUGUAGACAGAAAGCAUCAACAAUUUUUGCUUCAAAGUAAUAUCACAUGUGAAAUAAAUUUACAGGUAAAUCCAAACAACUCACAGUCAAUUAAAUAUUUUCCACAGCACAUUGUAAAUAGUGUAAUAGUAAUAGUUUUACACUGAAUCCUACAAGCCCAUCAUUGCGCAUAAAAAGUAAAAGCAACUUUUCUGUGAUUAACAAAAUAUUGAUCUUAAUUCACAAAGACUUUUAGC